GGAAACUGACUCAUAGGCCACGCUGAAUCUCCCGCGAACGCAGCCAUUUACUUCUUUCCUCUCGUCGCAGUGACACCGGUGAGUCUCUAUUAUUCUGUCCGCAUGGGCCAUCCUUCUUUCUAGGUUCCUGAUUUUGAGGGCUGUCUGCUAAUAUAACGUUUUACUCAUAUGUUUGCUCGGCGUUCGUAUGUUGUUUGACAGGUAACCACUGUAAGGUUUGAGCAACUUGAUCAGGCCUCUGAUUUUCUUGCGCUAACCACAAGCUAACUUAGCUUUAGCUCGGUGAAAAGAAUGGCUCCCAUGCCGCGCUAGCUAACAGGUUAGCGAGCACAACUCUCCCUCUUUACGCCGCUUUGUUCUGCAGAUCGGCUUAUUUGUCUUCAGUUAGUGGAAUAAUAUGGUUUUAGUAACAAACCUGGUUUCGUUAAGUCUGGCCGAUCGGUUUAGCACCAGUUUAGUCUGAGUUUGUUACUGACUGCAUCAUGGACCCGAUCCGACCCGAUUGUUGCAGUCGAACAAGAAAAAGUGCGCUCGCUCGCGCGUCGUAUGGCGCACUCUUGCUAACGUCGGUAGCUGGGGUCGCAAGCUAGCUGGUGUUGAAACACUCGGAACGACGGGUUUAUUUGAUGAUAGCUCAAACAUCUUUAACACAAAUCAAUCACAUGACGGUGAACAAUAAAAUUGUCUGACAAUCUGGUCGAUUUGGACACCAGGGAGUCAACGGUGACAUAUUGGUGGGGCUAACGGUUUCGGCCGUUUGGUUGGGUAGAAAAUGCUAGAAAUGAGCUGGUCAGGAAAUUCAACUGCGUUCAACGACUGUCUGCCAAACCGAGUAAAGCCUCUGUCUGUACAUUAUUUUAACCUAAACGACAGCAUGUCCGCAUAAUUGCGUACAUGACGUUGCUUUUUACCAUGCUAAAUGUCCCGCCUUGUUCUUUCAUUUCAGGUAAAUCAUGACCGAGCUAGAGUGUGUGGCGAUUUUCAAGGUAAGUGUUUGCUGCGGUGUCAGAAGGAAACUGUCUCCAGUUUUAGUAAACCGUCUCCAGCAUAUGUAAACUCUGCCUCCAGCUUUAAGUCCCGAGUAUUAGCUGUACGCCUGCUGCGUAUACGACUCGCAAUGUUGGUAAACCAGUACAAACCAGUUUACACUAACUUGCUGUUUUUUUACAGUUGGUUUUGGUUGGAGAUGGAGGCACCGGGAAAACAACUUUUGUGAAGAGGCACAUCACAGGAGAGUUUGAGAAGAAAUAUGUUGGUGAGUAAAUCCUGUGCUAUGAAGGUUCUGUGGACAAGGUGUGAUUCACUUAACUUAAAGGUGCAGUAGACUGGCAUGGCUGAACACACCCGUAAAUACCUUUUCGUGCAUUUGUUUAGAUGUAUGCCGCUGCACAGUAAGAGGCGGCCUCUAAAUGACGAACUUGAUCUUUGGUUUUUAAGAAACCACACAUCAAAACACCUCUGGAAAACUAUUAAAGUCGCUGUUUCAUUUGUUUAAAUCAUAUAUAAAUCAAAACUUAAAGAUAAUUAUAUCCAACCAAAGGAAUCCAGAAGCUGAAGCAGUGCCAAGCAGCCAUAGAAUGAUAAACAAAGGGAAAAUCCAACGCCCCUCAAUACAACAGGAUGCUGUUAAAUUUUAGUUUUGAAGUGUGCCAAGUAGGGCCGGGCGAUAUGGACCAAAAGUCACAUCCCGAUAUAUAUAUAUAUAUAUAUAUAUAUAUAUAUAUAUAUAUAUAUAUAUAGGCUGAAUAUUGAUAUUCUCUCUCUCUCUCUCUCUCUAUAUAUAUAUAUAUAUAUAUAUAUAUAUAUAUAUAUAUAUAUAUAUCAACAGGAGUACCUUUUUUUUUUAAAUUGGAGCUCCAUAUGGUACAUAUUUAAACGAAAAAUAUAUUUUCAAUAGAAAUGGCCCAUAAAGUAAAAUAGGCCAAUCUUUUUUAAAUAAAUUUAUUUAUAUGAGAAAAGCAUCAACAUUUUGACAACUAUAAAUGGCCCAUUAAAAUCAAAUAGCAGAUUUUUCCUUUCUCUAACAAAUCCACAGAUGCAAACAAUGUAAACUAUAGAAGAAUAAAAUAUGACAAACCCUAGUAUAGGCAGCAUUUACAUGUAUAAAGACAGAACAAAAGAAAGCGCUUAGUUUAAGAAAAUUGUUUUUAAACAUACUUUUGAGAUAACCUAUCUGUCCUUCUUAUCUUCUUCAGUCUAAACCACUUUCACGGAUUAUGUCAGAUUAUGAACUCAGUAAACUUUUCUCCCUCUUUCGUUUUUACUUUGAUAAAUAGUUAGUGCUGUCUUGAGGUAGACAUUAGAGGACAGAAAAGUCUUUGAAGAUUUUGUGCGAGAAACACCAGCCUGUCAACAACAGCAUAAGAAUUCUGUACAUUGAUAUAUGCGAUAUGGUCCAAUUCCAUAUCUCAUUUAAAAACAUAUUGAUAUAUUUUUUUAGAUCGCCCAGUCCUAGUUCCGAGAGGUGAUUAUUGCACCAACAUUUAUUUAUUCAAAGACAUUGGGGAAUCCUAUAAUAACAUAAACAAGGGGAGCAAAAUAGUUUUGAACAACCUGUAUUAUAAUGCGCCUGCUUUAGUUACAACAAUGACAUUCAAGAAAUAUUAUUAUUUGAAAUAAAAUAGUUGUGGAAACAUUGUCAAAGCAGAAUUUUUAGUAAAGCUGUUGUUUUUGGUUGCAUUAGAUUAAUGGUCAUAUUGCUGGUUGAAGCAUAUUUUAGUCUCAAAUGUCUUCCUCUGUAAAUGCAUGCACUAGGAUUUGUUUUUGCUUGUAAAUGUUGAUUUUAAACAGGGUAAUCCUGUUAAGGAUUGAAUUAUAAAGGAGUUGACCCUUUGUAUUGAGAUUGUAAUUUUGAUGCCAAUGUGGUAUCAAAUUUGUAUUAUCCAAGUUCUUUUUUAUUUGUUUUUAUCCAAGUUCUUUUUUCAGCUGUGCCCUUUUGAUUUUUUUUUUAUUCCUUUGCUCAGCCAUUUUCAUAUUUUCCACAUUUUAUUUACUCAUACAUCUUGAUGUUUGCUCAUCCAUACAGCUACUCUUGGUGUAGAGGUGCACCCGCUGAUUUUUCACACUAACAGAGGCGCUGUCAAGUACAAUGUGUGGGACACAGCUGGACAGGAGAAGUUUGGAGGGCUGAGAGAUGGCUACUACAUUCAAGGUGCAAUUAACGACUCAAAUCAUGCUCUUCUUUGUUUGUAUUACACCUCAUGCAGUUGAGUAGUCUCUACAAAAUUAAAUUUUCCCACCUUUCUCUACAGCUCAGUGUGCUAUCAUCAUGUUUGACGUCACCUCAAGAGUCACCUAUAAGAACGUACCCAACUGGCAUCGCGACCUGGUUCGUGUCUGUGAGAACAUUCCCAUUGUCCUUUGCGGAAACAAAGUGGACAUCAAAGACAGAAAAGUCAAAGCCAAGAGCAUUGUGUUUCACCGCAAGAAGAAUCUGCAGGUAACAACUGCUUGAUUUUUGGUUCAAGUCAUAGACGGCAACCGUUUGGCCUUUGCCAUUUGUCUUGUUUCGCAUGCCUUACUACAUUGUUUGUAUCUGUUUACAGUACUACGACAUUUCUGCCAAGAGUAACUACAACUUUGAGAAGCCUUUCCUGUGGCUAGCAAGGAAGCUGGUUGGUGAUCCUAAUUUGGAAUUUGUGGCAAUGCCUGCCCUUGCUCCCCCAGAGGUCCAGAUGGACCCAGCCCUCGCUGCAAGAUACGAGGAAGAGCUUCAAGUCAGUUUAACUUUUUGGUGCAAUGUUUUCAUAGAUUGCUGCCGAGAUUUAUUAGUGCUCGCAUCAUUACCUCUUAAGUCUCAAUACUGUGUAUGGCACCAAUUCAUCAUGUGAUUAAAUUUUUCUUUUGUCCAUCUGAUUAGGUUGCAUCACAAACAGCACUCCCUGAUGAAGAAGAUGACCUCUAACCUGUUACCUUACAAUGUCCCUCUACCCCCCUCAGCCGUGGACAGAAAGUUGUUGGAAUUUUGCCCCUUUACUGUAAAAUCCCUUUUCAGAUUUUUUUAUUUUUGAAUUUUUUUUUGUUUUAAAAAUAAGAAAAACGAACUUGGUGAAAAAGUUGUUGUUCUAAUUUCACUGUUUAAGACACACCCAUCCUAGUGUUGUCAAAGGCAUGGCAACGUGCUACUCUUCAUCGUUGAGCAACCACCAAUACACUUACCCAGCUUAGAUUAUGCUGUUGUAUGGUGUACUGGAAGCACUAAGUAAAGAAAACUUUGAAUAAAAACAUUCUCAAAUUAAAAGGUCUGGUUUUGUUUGCAUUUUAGACAAAUAUGUAUACAGGGAGCUGUGAAGCUUAAGGACUUGAUGUAGUUGAGUCAUUUUUCAUACAGAUGCAGCUGUGUUUAUGUAACUUUCUAACUGGUGGUACUAUAAUCCAAUAAAGCAACGAUGUUGAAGUGGCCAAUACAGUAGAUUUAAACAAGUCAUUUUAUCAAUUGAUUUCACUUUUUAUCAUUGAUGUAAUUUUCAAUAGGUUCAAACAAAUCCUCAACUUUGAUAAAGGAUACCCAAAUAUUUCUGUAUUGGUGGGUUACAAUAUAAAGAAUGUCCAUGAUUCUUGAA